GAUUGACGUUAAUUGAAAAUAAGAAAAACGCAAGAAGAGCCGAGCGCCGUUCACACGGCUCGACGGGGAAAAAGGUGAUAUGUUGGAUGGUGGGAACAAUGAGAUAUGAGAUUAUUACAGUGCACGCUCGGAUGCGAUACCGGCUGAGCGAUUCGGCAGGUUUGUGCUGAAAGGAUCUGUGUGCUGGAAAAAUGAACAGCAUCACCUGCUGAAAUCAUCAACCAAUAUGGAGCACUUGAUGGUGCACACCUGGCUGCGGAGAUGCACACUGGAUCUGCCUGAGUGUGUGGUGCAUGUUUGUUUUUGAGCGCUAGAGUGAGAUUGUGUCAAAGCAGAGAGUGUCAUUGAGCUACUGACAGAUUUAUCAGUGUGAACGUGUGUGUGCUGUUAAGAAGGGACCAUGUGGUACACACAGCCAGCAACUUACCUGCCGCUUACCCACCUGCUCUGCCGACCUUUGAACUUUGCUCUGUGUUGGCUGCUUGUGUGGUUGAUGUGGUCAGUCUCCAUGGCAACAGCACUGACCUACCAGCCCACAGUAAACACAGCACUUGGCAGGCUAAGGGGGAUGCGGGUUGCUGUGGCAACGGAGGGUCUGGGCCCUGUGGAUCAGUACCUGGGUGUGCCUUACGCUGCCCCACCUGUAGGAGAGAAGCGCUUCAUGCCACCCGAUGCUCCAUCGGCCUGGUCCGGCGUACGGAACGCCACCCGCUUCCCUCCUGUCUGCCCGCAGACUGUUCACAACGCAGUGCCCGACAUCAUGAUGCCUGUCUGGGCCACCUACAACCUUGACACGGUCGCUACGUACCUGCAGGAGCAGAGUGAGGACUGUCUGUACCUGAAUAUAUACGUACCCACACAAAGCGGUACAAAGAGAACGGGCGACAUGUCAGCUGACACAGAGCGUUCGGAGGAUGAUGGGUUUAGGGAUUCUCGAGAUGACCCGCGUCCAGUGAUGCUGUUUAUUCAUGGUGGCUCGUACAUGGAGGGCACGGGGAACAUUAUGGACGGUAGUGUGCUGGCCAGCUACGGCAAUGUCAUCGUCAUAACCCUCAACUACAGGAUGGGAAUAUUAGGAUUUUUAAGCACAGGUGACCAGGCCGCUAAAGGGAAUUAUGGUCUCUUGGAUCAGAUUCAAGCUCUACGCUGGAUCAACAAGAAUAUUGGAUAUUUUGGUGGUGAUCCGGGCCGCGUGACCGUGUUUGGCUCAGGAAUCGGAGCGUCCUGUGUCAGUUUGCUCACUCUUUCACACCAUUCUGAAGGUUUGUUUCACAGAGCAAUCAUUCAGAGUGGCUCAGCACUGUCCAGUUGGUCAGUGAACUAUCAGCCUGUGAAAUACACACGUCUCCUCGCAGAGCGCGUUGGCUGUAAUGUCCUUGACACACAAGAUCUGGUCCUCUGCAUGCAGAAGCGUAGCUACAGGGAGCUGGUGGAGCAGGAAAUUCAGCCAGCACGCUUCCAUGUGGCCUUUGGCCCUGUCAUUGACGGUGACCUCAUCCCAGAUGACCCUGAAGUGCUCAUGGAGCAGGGGGAGUUCCUUAACUAUGACAUCAUGUUGGGCAUUAACCAGGGAGAGGGAUUCCGGUUUGUAGAAGGCGUGGUGGAACCAGAAGAGGGCGGGGUUUCCGGCUCCGAUUUUGACUUCACGGUAUCUGAUUUUGUAGACGGUCUCUACGGUUAUCCAGAAGGGAAGGACACUCUCAGAGAGACCAUAAAGUUCAUGUACACAGACUGGGCUGAUCGAGACAACCCCGAAACUCGUCGCAAAACCCUUGUGGCCAUGUUUACGGAUCACCAGUGGGUGGAGCCAGCUGUGGUGACGGCCGACCUGCACGCACGUUACGGUUCUCCAACUUUCUUCUAUGCAUUCUACCAUCACUGCCAGAGCCCCAUGAAGCCUCCAUGGGCGGACGCCGCACACGGUGAUGAGCUGGCCUAUGUGUUUGGUGUUCCACUUAUUGGUCCAACGGAACUCUUCCCCUGCAACUUCUCCCGUAAUGAUAUCAUGCUGAGUGCUGUCGUCAUGACCUACUGGACCAACUUUGCAAAGACCGGGUAA